AUGACGGACAAGCUACCCCCGCCACUUUUGGCGCUAUUUCAACCCCGUCCACCCCUUCGAUAUCUGCCUCCAAGCGAUCGCGCACCAGAUGACUGCCAAAAGAGCACUCUUUCCGGAGUUGCCCAGUUCCUGGCCGAUGCUAAAGCUUUCGCCGAAGAAGUUCCCUACAAUGCAACUGAAAGCGUGAUGCAGCGCAAAUUGCGUGAGAAAGCUGAGAAGAAGGAGAAGUUAGAGAAGCAGAUAACGGAAGGACUGCAAAACUACAAUCCAGACAAAGAUCCUCAAGUUCGAGGUGACCCAUUCAAGACUAUCUUUGUUUCACGCCUCAGUUAUGACACCAAAGAAUCCGACCUGGAACGAGAGUUUGGCCGAUUUGGUCCCAUUGAAAGAAUUUCCAUUGUCAAAGAUACAGUAUCAGACAAGAAAAAGAAACCCCACCGAGGCUAUGGAUUCAUCGUGUUUGAGCGCGAGAAAGAUAUGAAAGCGGCCUACAAAGAGACAGAGAACUUGAGUAUCAGAGGACGACCAGUCGUGGUAGAUGUCGAGCGUGGCCGCACCACCAAGGGGUGGAAGCCCCGUCGCUUUGGUGGCGGUCUCGGAGGGCGCGGAUACACCAAAGUCCAGCCGCGCGGUGGGCUUGGUUUCAACGCACCAUCUGGACCGGGAGGUGGAUUCCGCGGAGGCUUCGGUGGCAGAGGUGGAGGUUACCGUGGUGGAGGUUUCCGCGGUGGCGGUGAUCGCUUUGGUGGUCCUCGUGGUGGUAUCGGAUACCAGGGCAACCGCGGCUUCGGUGGACAGGCUCCCCCUAACGCGCCCUCCGGGCCCGGUGGUGGACGCAGCGGAGGUUUCAGAGGUGGUGGCUUCGGCGGUGACCGCGGUGGUGGCAGAUACGACCGUGGUGCAACCGGCAGCAAUAUGGAGCCUGUGCGCCCUCGAGAUAGCUAUGCUGACCGUGACCGCCGCGACUAUGACCGCGAUGACCGUUACAGAGAUCGUGAUCGUGACCGCAUGGGAGACCGAAACGGAGACCGAUUCCGGGACCGGGACCGUGAACGUGGUGGUGACAGGUAUGGCGGCGGCGGCCGUGAUGGUGGUCGCGAUGGCGGCCGGGAGGAUUACGGACGCAAGCGAAACCGUGAGGAUGAACCUGGAUACGACGAUCCCCGCUCGAGGAGAAGGUACUAA